AUGCUCUACAAGCCCGAUCUCCUCUCCUAUGUGCAUGGAGAAUUCAACAUCUUUGACGAGACGGAUGGCUUUCGAGGCGAAGCGCGAGUCUGUCUCGUUCAGCCUGAACACUCGGGAAAACAAGACUUGCCUAGUUUUCUUCUUGGGUUCGGCAUGAUGCUCCCACCCCGACAAUAUUGCGCCUUCGACGACGCAGAUGAGAAGAAGCUGUUUCACAGGACCAAAAGGAUUACCCCAAAGGACCUUAAUGCCGACGUGUUGACCAAGGUCUGUGGUAUUAGGCUUCAGUGGGUCGACUCUCUUUCUUGUCAUCUCGAGUUGGAUAGGCUUUCUGGCACUCUCUUUCUGUAUCGAUAUCCCUCAUUCUGUGUCUCGAUACUUCAACAGCGAAACUGUGUCUCGGCUCUUCAACUGCGAAACAUGCAGGAGCAAGCAAUUGAUGUUAUUCAUCGCUGUGGGAGUCAAAGUCCUGGACCAACGCCGUGGGCGAGCGAAAGGGAUAUAGCGGAGCUGCUUCAGGAGAUUUUACUUUCCUAUCGGCUACUCUUUGGUCAAAGCAGGCGAUCGAGGAACCUAUUUCGCCAGCUGCGGCCGUUCCAAGGUAUCCCAAACGAAGGACAUGAUAAGUUCCUGUCGUCAAUUUGUGGCAUGAAGAAAUUCAAGUGCCCAAUUAAGCUUAUCGAGCGGGAGGAGUAUGAUUUGUCCGGAGACUUCUCACACUUUCGGAGUAGAAUGGUACAACUAAACAGUUACACAUCAAGCAAGAAGUCUCGCUCCAUCCUUCAACUAUGGCGGGAUAAGCGCGACUCUACUGCUUGGAUCGCGUUUUGGAGUGUCCUGAUUUUCGGCUCGGUGAGUAUACUCUUGGGUGUGGUGCAGGCAGUGUUUCAGAUUCUGCAGUUUGUCCAAGGCAGUAGGUAG